AUGUUUCAUAUAUUCCAUUGGCGACGUCAACGUCAUCCUGAAAAUACGACACCGACAGAUCUUACAACAAAUCAAGAACAUAAAGACUCUCAUUCACGACAUCAUCGAUUACGUCUCUAUCAUGGAAAACAGCCCUUUGAACAUUUAUUUCAUGUGAGAAGACAUCGAUCAUCUUCCGAUCAUGAUAAACGACAGAAAAAUAUGCGUUUUACUUUUAAUCUAUGCAAAAAAACACAUCAACAAUCUUUUCAAUCAAAAAUAAAUUUAUCAUUACCAGAUUCUCGUAUUUCUUCUAAUCGUGGUUAUGUAUCUUUAUCUGAUCUUACAACGGAAACAUCUUAUAUUUAUUCAACUAAACAUCAGUCACAAUCGAAUAAUGAUAUUCAUUUCAAAGUUACUAGUCGAUCUGCUGAUACAGCACAUGUACGUCCAACUCAAGCAAAAUAUGAUCGUAUGCAAGCACCCAUUUUAUCAUUUGAUGAAGAAGGAGACAUUCCAGUACCAACAACUAAACAUAAACGUUUUCUUUCUCCUACUCAUGCACCUCUUACUGAUUCUCAUGAUAAUAUUUCAGGAUCAAAAUCAGGUGGUGAUAGUGCAUCACUUGAACAAACAAGAAAAGCAAAAUUUCGACAUGCACUACGUUCCGUAUCGAAAGUUGCUUUUAGUCAACUUGGUUUAGGUGGUCUUGUUGUUGGUUAUGUUAUUCUUGGUGGAUUAAUAUUUGAUGCAAUUGAAUCACGUUAUGAAUUAGAACGAUUAGAAGAAAAAGAACGUAAUCGACAACAUUUUGUUGAUCAAUUAUAUAAUCAUGCAUAUAGAGAAUUUAAUCGUGUUUUAAAUCAAACAUUUGAAUUAAAAUAUGCAUUAUGGCGUGGUGGUUUAUCACGUCAUGAUGAACGUAAUGAAGGAUGGCAAAUUGAUGUUGAAAAAGAUUUAUGGAAACAUCAUAUUGAUUAUGAAUUAUUACAAUAUUUUGGUGCCGAAGAAAAAAAUCAAUAUGGUGUUGAACAACAACAAGAACAAAAUACUGUACAAGUUUGGACAUUUGCUAGUGCUAUGCUUUAUUCAGCAACUGUUAUUACAACUAUUGGUUAUGGAAAUAUAACACCGAAAACAACAGAAGGAAAAAUUGCAACAAUGAUAUAUGCUAUGAUUGGUAUUCCUUUAAUGUUUAUGUGUUUAACAUAUACGGGUGAUUUAUUAGCUGAUGCAUUUAUAUCAGGUUAUUCAAAAAUGGUUAAUUUUUUAUAUCGACAAAUAUGUCGUGGUCGUUUAAAAAAUUGUUUACCUGAUGAUACAAGACGAAGUUUUGAACAACCUGAUUCCGAUGUUGAAGAAAGUCGACAUGUACCUAUUGUUGCAACAUUAGCUGUACUUGCACUUUAUAUAGCAAUGGGUGCAUUACUUUUUGCUCAAUGGGAAAAUUGGCAUGUACUUGAUGGAGCUUAUUUUUGUUUUAUAACAUUUACAACAAUUGGUUUUGGUGAUCUUGUACCAGGUAAAGGUACAGUAACAGAAUCUAAAGCAGGUAAAGCAGCAAUGUGUGCAUUAUUUCUUUUGUUUGGUAUGAUUGUUAUGGCAAUGUCAUUUAAAUUAAUGCAAGAUGAAAUUCUAGCAAAAUUUCGUCGAUUUGCUCGACGUUUUGGUUUUGGUAAACGAAAUAUAAAUGAUCCGGGAUGA